CGGGGCCCUGGGUGCCAGCCGCGGCCGUUGGCUGGCGCGCGCCCAACCCGGGCAUGCCCCCGGCGCCGGCCAGCUCGCGCGGGGCGAGGCCAGUGGUGAAAGGCUGACCCGGCUGCCGGCAGAACCGGCGGCGGAGCCCAGGGCUGGGGCGGCAGCGGCGGAGCCGGCACGGACGAGGCGGGCGAGGCAUGGCCUCGGGGUUCACGUGCGGCGUGGAGGACCUGCUGUUCAGCGGCGGCCGCUUCGUGUGGAACCUGACGGUGUCCGCGCUGCGGAGAUGGUACGCGGAGCGGCUGCGGGCUUGCCACCAGGCGCUGCGGACGUGGUGCGGGCUGCGGGCCGUGUACCAGAUGACAGAGGGCAGGCACUGCCAGGUGCACCUCCUGGACGACCGGCGGCUGGAGCUGCUGGUGCAGCCCAAGCUGCUCGCCCGGGAGCUGCUGGACCUCGUGGCUUCGCAUUUCAACCUGAAAGAGAAGGAGUACUUUGGAAUCACGUUUACAGAUGACAUAGGUCAGCAGAACUGGCUGCAGUUAGAUCACCGGGUUCUGGACCAUGAUUUGCCCAAGAAACCAGGCCCAGCCAUUUUGCACUUUGCGGUGAGGUUUUACAUCGAGAGCAUUUCGUUCCUGAGGGACAGGACCACCGUGGAGCUGUUCUUCCUGAACGCGAAGGCCUGUGUGCACCAGGGGCAGAUCGAAGUGGACAGCGAAACCGUCUUCAGGUUGGCGGCGCUGGCUUUGCAGGAAGCCAAAGGGGAUUUCACCAGUGAUGAAAAUGCCAGGAAAGAUUUAAGGACACUCUCAGCCUUCCCAACCAGAACUCUUCAGGAGCAUCCGUCCCUUGCUUACUGUGAGGACAGGGUGAUUGAGCAUUAUUUGAAAACCAGAGGUCUGACCCGCGGCCAAGCUGUGGUCCAAUAUAUGAAAAUAGUAGAAGCUCUACCGACCUACGGAGUCCAUUAUUACGCAGUAAAGGAUAAACAAGGACUUCCUUGGUGGCUUGGAAUCAGCUAUAAAGGAAUUGGCCAGUAUGACUUACAAGAUAAAGUGAAACCUCGGAAACUAUUCCAGUGGAAACAGCUGGAGAACUUAUAUUUCCGUGAGAAAAAAUUUGCUGUUGAAGUUCACGAUCCACGGAGGAUUUCGGUGUCAAGAAGGACCUUUGGGCAAAGUGGCCUCUUUGUGCAAACCUGGUAUGCACACUCUUCGCUCAUCAAGUCCAUCUGGGUGAUGGCCAUCAGUCAGCACCAGUUUUACUUGGACCGGAAGCAAAGCAAAGCAAAAAUUCCUUCAGCCAGAAGUUUAGACGAUAUCGCGAUGGACUUGACGGAGACGGGAACCCCGAGGACCUCCAAACUGGUCACUCUGGAGGCAAAAAGCCAGUUCAUUAUGGCCAGCAAUGGCAGCUUAAUCUCCUCAGGUUCUCAAGACUCGGAAGUUAGUGAGGAGCAAAAGAGAGAGAAAAUCCUGGAACUCAAGAAGAAGGAAAAGCUGUUGCAAGAAAAGCUCCUGAAAAAAGUCGAGGAGCUUAAGAAGAUCUGUUUGCGGGAGGCUGAGCUCACGGGCAAAAUGCCAAAGGAGUACCCGCUGGGCAUCGGCGAGAAACCUCCUCAGGUCAGAAGGCGUGUGGGCACCGCGUUCAAAUUAGAUGACAACUUGCUCCCCAGUGAAGAGGACCCUGCUUUGCAAGAGCUGGAGAGCAAUUUCCUAAUACAGCAAAAGCUGGUGGAAGCUGCAAAGAAACUUGCCAGUGAGCCAGACCUGUGUAAAACCGUGAAGAAAAAACGAAAGCAAGAUUACACGGAUGCAGUGAGAAAGCUCCAGGAGAUUGAAAACGCGAUAAAUGAAUACCGAAUCAGGUGUGGGAAGAAGCCGACCCAGAAAGGGACAGGUACCUUACCAGAAGACAUAAUCCCCUCAGAAAGCAGCUCCUUGUCCGACACUACCGCCGGUGAUGAUCCCAAUGACACCUUCGCUCUUGCUGGGCAGCGAUCAAGUUCAGUGCCUCAUUCUCCAAGAAUCCUCCCCCCCAAGUCCCUGGGUAUCGAGCGAAUCCACUUCAGAAAGUCGUCCAUCGGGGACCAGCUGGUGGAUGCCAGGCAGCCCAGAGAAAUGCUGUCGACACACAGCAGCCCUUACAAAACCCCGGAGAGGCGGCCCCCGGGAGGGCGAAGCAUGCCCAGCACCCCCGUGCUCACCCGCAAUGCCUACAGCAGCAGCCACUUAGAGCCCGCCUCCUCCCAGCACUGCCGCCAGCGGAGUGGCAGCCUGGAGUCCCAGUCGCACCUGCUGUCGGAGCUGGACCACGACGGGCCGUUCUUCUCCCUCUGCCGGGCCCAGCGCAGCAGCAGCACCGAGGUCCUGGACGACGGCUCCUCCUGCACCAGCCAGUCCAGCGCCGAGUACUACUGCGUGCCGCCCGCCGCCGGCCCCCGCCACAGCGCCCACACCCUGGACGCCCGCGCCCGGGGCCGGCGGAGGUCCAAGAAGCAGAGCGCCGCCCCGUCGAGCUCGGGGAGCAUGCCCAACCUUGCGCAGAGGGACAGCCUGAGGAACGGCGUCCACGCCCAGGGCCACGAGCAGCCUUCCUCCUACUACAUCGGGUGCACGCCCUUCGCGGAGUGUGACCUGUACUACAGCGGCGGCUACGUCUACGAGAACGACACGGAGGGACAGUACAGUGUCAAUCCUUCCUACCGCUCCUCCGCCCACUAUGGAUACGACCGCCCGAGGGACUACAGCAGGUCCUUCCAUGAAGACGAGGUGGACCGGGUGCCCCCGAACCCCUAUGCCACCCUCCGGCUGCCCAGGAGGGCCGCGGGCUCUGAGCGCGUCACCAAGCACGUCCACAAGGCCCUGGUGGCAGAGCACCUGCGCGGCUGGUACCAGCGGGCCUCGGGGCAGAAGGAGCAGGGCCACAGCCCGCAGAGCAGCGUGGACUCGGACCGGGCGUCACAGCGAUGCCUGGGGCUGGCGGGGCUGCAGGUGCCCUGCUCGCCAGGCAGCCGCGCGUCUUCCUACUCCUCAGUGUCUUCUACGAACGUCUCCGGGAUCUGGCGGACCCAGAUGACAGCAGGGCUUUCUGAGUACGAGGCCCCAGCACAUCCUUCCUACACCAGCUGCUACGGCAGCUUCUGCAGCCCGCUGCCCUCUCCAGGCAGGCAGUACGCAGAGGCCGGGGCCCUGGACGGCGCGGCCGGCCGGCGGGCGGGCGGCCUGGAGGCGGCCGAGCAGGGGCUCCUCUGGCACGAAGACUCCAAGCCCGGGACCUUAGUCUGAGCCGAGCGGCUCCCCUGCCCGCGAUCUCACUGUGUGCCUUGGAAUGCGUUCAUCUCCCCAGAGGCUGUUUGGCAUCAGAGGAUGAAAAGAGGACUCCCCUCGCUCCGUAGUGAACCCCACCCUCCGCCGCACAAAGCCCCCGGACACCUGCCUUCCACGUCCAGGCCUCCCUGGCGGAGCGGCAGGGCCACCAGCCCACAUGGCCCAGGGCGGCUUUCCCCAAAGCGAGCACUUGGAAAGGGGAGGAAAGCUGCGGAGGGCACCCCCAGACCUGUGAGGAGCGCCGCCAGCAUCGCCCAGGGCAGCGCAGCGGGGCUUGCAGAGCACAGUUCCCAGUGAAUGGCGGGAGCCGGCCGCGCUGCCCCGGAAGCGGCUCCAGAGCUGCCGGGGAGGAUGCUGCUUCCCCCAGGGACCACGAGACAGUAUUGGAGAAUUACUUGAAGAGGAGCUGGGUUUUCAUGAAGUUCUGAACGAGUGUACGUGUCUUUAGGUUUAUAGAGUGACGGUCUUCAUAAGCACCAGACGGUGGGUCCCACACAGACGUGCUGCGUGGCGCCCUGCAAUGACCCCAGGGCCCGGGACCGCAGCCCUGGGAGCUGGCCACCUGCUGGGGGGCAUCCAGGUCCCAGCCCCCCUCUCCCCCCGUUUCCUUCCUGCACCAGUCCAGGAGGAGCUGUUAUUCAGGCUGUUAACGCUCCAACGUGGCUGUCAUUUGAAAUGGCAGACUUGAUAUGGAAAGUUUAUAAUCAAGAAUUUGAAAUAGUAGUUUGAGGUGAUACGGAAAGAACCCAAAACAAAAUAAAGAAAAAAAAAGCACAUCAUGUUAGAUGAAUUGUGUGCCUUAAAAUGGUGACUUGUUAGAAAAGUGAGCUAUUGUCUGAAUUCCACAGGGAGUUCUAAGUCACCAAGUGACACAAACCAGAUUAGUCAUUGAAAGUACAGAAACUCCAAGCUGCGGUAGAUUUAAUUAUGAGGCUAAAACUACCUCAUACUUUCCGUGGAAGAACUAAUUAGCUAUGGUUAUGGUUGAGUUUUUUUAAACAAAUAUUUCCAUAUUCCAGAUCUUUGUCUUCUUUACUCUGCUUCAGAAUUCCAUAACAGGUGCUCCUUCCCCCUUUUAUACAGGUUUCUUGUUCAUAUUGUGACUAGAGCAGUUUCUGAACAACUUUUUGGAACAUUUUUCUAUCUAUAUUCCAAAGCAUGUAGUAUUUACAUAAAGUGGAUUUGUUAAACUGGUCCUUAGUCAUUUGUAUCAUUAAAAAUGAAGUUUGGGGGGAGGGGAGUUGGAACAAAAAAAGACAUGCAAAAAAUAACAUUCCUUUUGCAUACUUGUAUAGCCUUCUAGAAACAGGAAUACCCUUUUGCAUAUUCUUUUACUGUUCUGACUUUGUAAGACCUGUUAUUUUUACACAGGUCAAUAAACUGAAGUGUGCUACUGAAA